AUGGCAUCCGAAGCGAUGAGUCCAAAGCGAAUGAUCGCUCAUUGCGAUAUGCUUCCCGACCUCCUGCAGCAACUCCUUGAGAGCGACUCUUAUGCCCAUCUCAUUGUCUGCGCUACCAAGUCCGAGUUUCUGGUACAUCUUGCGGCGGCGAUCCGCAAGCAGCGAGCUGACCCUGAACCUGUGGCAAGCCAUGAUUUGCUUACAAAAACCAUCGGGCUUCUUGCGAGGUCCAGCAAAAUUACUGUGGCAUUUUGUCCAACGCUCGAGAGCCUGCGGGCGCAUAUUGCGGUUUUAGGGGCCACCGCAGAUAGUUCAGGCUUCCAUGACCGGCAGCUGGUCUCCGUCCUUGAUAUGGUAGCGUUGCAUGGCACAACCUCUGAAUUUUCGGCGCAGGGGCUCUCGAGAACAUUUGCUUCGUUUGUUGAAGCUACCUACAAAGCGGGUAUGGACCUCAGACUAUACGAGUGUGAGAAUGCCCUGGACCCGUCCAAUCCCAUCUGGGGAGGAAGGGUAUGGGAUAUGAACAUCCCCCUACUAAAUGGAUCGGUCCGAAUGCGAGGCGACGAAACCAACUGGGGUGCACGGGGGAUUCCCGUGAAACAUGUUGCUGAGCGCUGGUUUGAAUUCGAUGCAUGUCAUUCAACCGGGUGA